GCGGCCGCCCCGGCGUGGCCGCUCACUGCUCCUGGACCCCUCGCUUGCGGCAAUGACAGCCACCCUCGAGGAGCCCCCGCAGUUCAGUGCUCGGACAAUUUGAAAGUACAAUAGUUGGUUUCCCUGCCCACCCGCCCGGCUUCGUUUGCCAUCACAUCACGCCUGUCGGAUCUGAGUGGAGAAUUUUCCCGCGGCUUGAGUUCUCUCUCUCUCUGCAUAUAUAUACGCCUAACACCUACAUACAAUUUUAAAACAUUAAAUAUAAUUAACAAUCAAAAGAAAAAAGAGAAAAAGAAGGGAAACAUUACUGGGUUACUAUGCACUUGCGACUGAUUUCUUGGUUUUUUAUCAUUUUGAACUUUAUGGAAUACAUCGGCAGCCAAAACGCCUCCCGGGGAAGGCGCCAGCGAAGAAUGCAUCCUAACGUCAGUCAAGGCUGCCAAGGAGGCUGUGCAACAUGUUCAGAUUACAAUGGAUGUUUGUCAUGUAAGCCCAGACUAUUUUUUGUUCUGGAAAGAAUUGGCAUGAAGCAGAUUGGAGUGUGUCUCUCUUCAUGCCCAAGUGGAUAUUAUGGAACUCGAUAUCCAGAUAUAAAUAAGUGUACAAAAUGCAAAGCUGACUGUGAUACCUGUUUCAACAAAAAUUUCUGCACAAAGUGUAAAAGUGGAUUUUACUUACACCUUGGAAAGUGCCUUGACAAUUGCCCAGAAGGGUUGGAAGCCAACAACCACACCAUGGAGUGCGUCAGUAUCGUGCACUGUGAGGCCAGUGAAUGGAGUCCUUGGAGUCCAUGCACGAAGAAAGGAAAAACAUGCGGCUUCAAAAGAGGGACUGAGACACGAGCCCGAGAAAUAGUACAGCAUCCUUCAGCAAAGGGCAACCUGUGUCCACCCACCAGUGAGACAAGAAAGUGUACAGUGCAAAGAAAGAAGUGUCAGAAAGGAGAACGAGGAAAAAAAGGAAGGGAAAGGAAAAGAAAAAAACUUAAUCAAGAAGAGAGUAAGGAAGCAAUACCUGACAACAAAGGUCUGGAACCCAGCAAAGAAACCCCAGAACAAGGAGAAAACAAAGACAAACAGCAGCAGAAGAAGCGAAAAGUCCAAGAUAAACAACAGAAAUCGGUAUCAGUCAGCACUGUACACUAGAGGGUCCCAUGAGAUUGUUGUAGACUCAUGAUGCUGCUAUCUCAACCAGAUGCCCAGGGCAGGUGCUCUAGCCAUUAGGACCAUAAAUGGAUGUUAUCAGUUACUGCUCAGUCUAAACAACAUUCCAAAUAGUUGCUAUAUUCUUCAUACAAACAUAGUUAACAGCAAAGAGCCAAAAGUUUAAAGAAGGGAUACUUUCAAAUGGUUAUCUUUUAUGCUUCUAUGCAUUGUUAAGAGACAAGAAAUUUUGUACAUAAUUAUCAAUAGGCUAUAUGAUGUAACAACAUAAUGAUGACACCUGGAGAAGCAACAUCUUUUCCCUAUAAAAAUAUUUUUCAAGCUAUUGUUUUAAGAAGGAAGAGAUAGUUCUACAGAUUCAGUGAGGCAGUAUCCCUUCAAGACAAAUAAGAGAUCAGGGGAGAGAAACAUCUUUCAGAGGACAGUGUUGUUUUGUCCAGGAGGUCUAGAGAGUGCUCAGAAUUAGGGCCUGGCAUUUGGAAUCGUAGGAUUUAUCAUCACAGAAACAACUGUUUUAAGAUUGGUUCUAUUGCCCUUAUCCUGUAUUUCUGCAAGAAAUGCAAGAGUGCAUACCAGAGUUGAAUAUACUGUAUGGGAUUGGAGAAAGGCAAUAUAUGGAAGAAACCAUAGAGUUGGAGAUUAUUUUUGUGCUUUACAAAACUGUGAAGGGUUGUGAUUACCUGGAACAGGACUCCAAUCUAUGUCAGCAAUAUGUGGUUCAGCCUCUGCUACCCGUUGGGUUAUAUGUCUGUAAACAUGUACCUAUAACAUAUGUCCAAAAACAAAAUCAUACUUAUUAGAAUAAAAUUCUGAUUUCAUAGAAAACAAAAAAAUAGAGCAAGGAGAGUAUAACAUGUUUGCAAACUCAUGUGUUUUCUUUCUCUUCUCAAUGAAGGAAAAAAAAGUUUUAUUACCUGCUUAAUGAUCCACCAGGAACUAAAAGGGAUACUAUUUUCUAACAAGGUGUAUCUAGUAGAGGGGAAAGCCACCACAAUAAAUAUAUUUGUUGAUAGUUUUU